AUGACAACGGUUCGCACCGGGCAUCUGGAGAGAACUUCCCAGGAGCCGAGAGACGAGGGUUUGCAUACGGUGACCUUGAGCCGCGUGGACCAGAUCAAUGAACGCGUGCGGCUAUUCCGGUUAUCACUUCAGCACCCGGUAUCGUUCUCCCCCGGCCAAUGGCUCGACACAUACGUCCCUGGCCUCGCCAAACCAGGGGGCUUCACACUCACAUCGUCGCCCUCGGUCGCAGCGACCACUGAGAGUCCCUACUUCGAGCUCGCCGUACAAGAGUCUCCGGAUAACCCGCCAGCUGCGUGGCUCUGGCGCCCGGUGGAAGAGAUCCUUGGAUCGAGCCUCAGCGUGCGCGUCGGAGGCAGCUUCGUAUUCCCGCCGGCCGGGAGAGCGGCCGCCGAGAUUGGGCGGGUCGUCUUGGUUGCGGGCGGCGUGGGAAUCAACCCGUUGAUGAGCAUGAUGAGCUUUAUUGCGGAGGGGGAUUUCGAGGGCGACGUGCAGCUUCUGUAUGCCGGCAAGGUUCCGGCGGGUGGUGUGGCCGAGGUCCUCUUCGUACGGCGGAUUGCGAGACUGUUUGGAGAGAAGAAGCUCAAGGGACGGUUUCAAAUCUUUGCAACGGACACAUCCCCGGGGCCGGAUCUCUUGCAUGAUUUGGGAGGCGAGUUCAACGGGGGUGGACUUGAGAUCCAGGCCGGCCGUUUCGGACAUGAGGACCUCAAGGCAGCGGUCGGCCAGGAGCGGGAUUCAUGUGUCGUCUAUGUUUGCGGGCCUCCGACCAUGACAGACGAGAUGGUUGGCAUCUUAACAUCGGUGAAGGGAGUUGGGCUGGAACCCGGACAGGUCAUGACGGAGAAGUGGUGGUAG